AUGGAUAGGGUGAAGGUGAAGGUUAAUAUAAAAGCAAGAGAAACCAUCAAGCCAUCCUCACCCACACCCCAGAACCUCAAAAUCUUCAUUCUCUCCCUCCUAGACCAGAUUGCCCCUCCAAUCUACGUGCCAAGGAUUUUGUACUAUGCAUACAAUGGUACCAAACCAAACCUCAAAACCCAGGAACGAAUUAACCUUCUAAAGGAAUCCCUAUCGCAAGCCUUAACUCGAAUCUAUCCUCUUGCUGGAAGGGUCAAAGAGAACCUUUUUAUCGAGUGUAACGACGAGGGGGCAGAUUUUUUAGAAGCCGAAGUGAAUUCCCCACUCGACGAAAUUCUAAGGCAGCCUGAAGUUGAUGUGCUUGAUCUACUCCUUCCUCGGGACUAUGAAACCCAAUUGGCCGUUCAGGUUAACAUCUUCAGCUGUGAAGGAAUGGCAAUUGGUAUAUGCAUGUUUCACAGGAUUGUUGAUGGAGCCACAUUCUCAUCAUUUGUCAACAUGUGGGCUGCCAUUGCUAGCCGUUCUGGCCCCGGCGAUUCUUUGUCAGCUCGAGCUCCCAUCUUUCCUGGGCCACGUCUCUUCCCAAAGAGGGAUAUAUCGGCCUUUGUGCCAAGGUUUGACGUGCCAAAAGGCAACUGCAUUACAAAAAGAUUCGUCUUCCCGGGAUCAAAGAUUGCUUCUCUCAAGGAAAAAGUUGUGGCAAACAAUGCAAAAGAUGGUACUGUACUUAGUCCAACCCGCAAUGAACUGGUGUCGGCUCUAAUCUGGAGAUGCGCUAUGGAGGCAAAAUCCGGGCACCCAAUUAGUCCGUCUAUUAUGACACAUGCAGUAAAUCUACGUCCGAAAAUGGAUCCUCCCCUGCCAGACACUGCUUCUGGGAAUAUUUCUUGGCUGGCAAUUGCACGAACACCAUCGACUCUAGAGUUGCACGAUUUGGUGAAUGCAAUCAGAAAUGCAGUGAAGAAAGUAGACAAGGAUUACACGAGGCAGAUGCAAGGUGAAAAUGGGCUUUCCUUGAUGAGUGAUUGUCUUAAAGAAAUUGGAGAACUGGUGCCAGAAAAUGUGGAAGUAUACAGGUUCGUUAGCUGGGCCGCCAACUUGCAACUAUAUGAGGCUGAUUUUGGCUGGGGGAAGCCUAUUUGGGAGAGUACUGCUGGAUUUCCGUUCAAGAAUGUCAUCAUCUUCAUUGAAACAAGAGUCGGUUAUGGUCUUGAAGCAUGGGUGAGCAUGGAUGAGCAGGACAUGACCAUUUUCGAGCAGAGCCAAGAGCUUCGAUCAUUUGUUUCCUCCGAUGGGAAUGUUUAA